AACCCACACAUCCCUGCAUCUCAUUUAUGCACAGUCUUCGUUUUCUUCAUUUCAAUACAGGUUUCCAUCUCAUUUGAAAUGGAGGUCGAGGAAGGACGAUUGACAUGGUUUCACCAAAUCAAUCGCCCAAGUGCUGAAAUGUGCACUAUUUGGAGAAAUGGAGGUCAGAUUUGGAGAAAUGGAGGUUGAAUUUGGAGAAAUGGAGAUCGAGGAAGGCCGAUUGAAUUGGCCUUCAAGAUUAGGGAUUUCGAAGGAGAUAACCCAGUUUUGGAGAAAUGGAGGUUGGGAAGGCUGGUUGAAUUGGCCUUCAAGACUAGGGAGUUCGAAGGAGAUAACCCAGAUUUGGAGAAAUGGAGGUUGGAUUUGGAGAAAUGGAAGUCCAGGAAGGCCGAUUGAAAUGGUUUCACCAAAUUGGGACGAGUCUGUAGAGCUUGGAGGGAUUGAAAUGGAGGUUGGGGAAGGCCAAUUGAAUUGCCUUCAAGACUAGGGAUUUCAAAGGAGAUAGCCCAGACAAGCCAGGGAUGAGUUUUUCAUGCUAUACAAACAUAUUUAACUCAUAUUAUAUUUUUUGAACCGAAUGAUGUAACCGUGGGUGUCGGUUGGCAGGGUAAAUACAUCAUUAUCCUAAAGAAAAAGAUUGUUGUUUU